GACGAGCAGACAGAUCUUCAGUGAAGGGAUUGAAAAGAGCAGGCAGAUCCCCAGUGAAAGAAUAAAGGACAAGCAGAUCAUCAGCAAAACUGUCAAGAGCAAGUGCAGCCCUCGGGAAAGGAAUAUAGAGAAGAAGCAGCAGCCAUGGGUGUUCUCUUAAGCUCCCUUUACAAAACCCUCAUGGGCUUCUCUGGCACCAAGGCUAAAAUCAUUAUGUUGGGUCUGGAUGCAGCUGGCAAGACCACUGUCCUGUACAAGCUAAAGCUGAAUGAGACUGUCUGUACAAUCCCCACCAUUGGAUUCAAUGUUGAGACAGUGGAACCCCUCCGUAACGUGUCCUUCACCGUGUGGGAUGUGGGUGGUCAGGAGAAGAUCAGAGCUCUCUGGAAGCAUUACUUUAUCAACACGGAUGGCCUGGUCUUUGUUGUGGACAGUGCUGAUUGGCAGAGGUUCAAGGAAGCCAGCCUGGAGCUGGAAACCAUACUGGACAAUGAUGAAAUGAGAGGUGUCCCAUUUCUGGUGAUGGCCAAUAAGCAGGAUCUUCCCGGGGCCAGGAGACCAACAGAGGUGGCAGAAGCAUUAGGUCUGAUGAAAAUACAAGGCCACCAGUGGCACGUGCAGGGCUGUUGUGCAGCGACUGGGGAUGGACUUGUGGAGGGCCUGGAAGUAUUCACAAACUUGGUGAAACAGUUCCAAAAGACUAGGUCUUACUGAGCUCAGACCUAGCUUCUGCUGCUACCUCUUUUUGCCGAAGAUUAGACACCGUGGAGGUAUCUUGUCCAGUUUGAGCUGCAGUAUCUAUUCCCUGAUGAUAUUCACAUUAUUAUAACAAUGAUAAGAUCAUGGCUACUUUUUGGACAUUUAGGGAAAGACAAUGGGACAUUUGUUCAUUUUCAAUUUUCACUAUGGGGCCAGCGCACAGAUGUUUCAGGACUACAAAUAUCACCCAAACAGCCUUAGAAAGGCAACAGGUUGCCUGUAAUUGGAAACUGUGAUGUAUAUUAUUAUAAAUUAUUAUAAAUGAUAUCCUUAUAAAUGGUACUUCUGCCUUAUGCUUUUAUAUGGUGAUGGAACUCCUCUGUGAUUUAUAAUAUCCUCAUAUUUUACAACAGGGGAUACAUUAUUCAUUAUAAAUUAUUAUUAUUAUCAUUAUUAUGUUUCUGUUCUACAUAUUUUAUUUAAUACAUUUAAAAAAGAUGUUUUUCUAAUAAAAGUUACAAUGAAACAUUACAGAGAA